GGUGCGCCCACCCUUCCGGCCCAGAGUUCCAUCAGCUGCUUGCACCUUCCGCCCAGCGUCGGCUUUCCGCGCGACGGUCGCCAAAUUCCAUUUUCGCGUUGCCUUUGCGGUGCCCGAGCCCGCAAUGUCGGGCCCCAACGGGGACCUAAGCAUGCCGGUGGAUGUGGGCGCGGAAGGCGAGAAUGACAGCUUCGGGGAAGCAGAGUACGCUGCCAUCAACUCCAUGUUGGAUCAGAUCAACUCUUGUCUGGACCACCUGGAGGAGAAGAACGACCACCUCCAUGCCCGCCUCCAGGAGCUGCUGGAGUCUAAUCGGCAGACACGCCUGGAAUUCCAGCAACAACUCGGGGAGGCCCCUAGUGAUUCCAGCCCCUAGGUGCCGGGAGCCCCAAACGUCCCGGCCUCGCCUCUAUAGGCCAUGUUCUGGCCGGGGUAGAUACCACUUGGCUUAGACACCAUCUCAGGUACUGGCCUUCAGAUCCCCCAGUGGGUCUACCUGCCUGGACCAAGCCCCACUGCCCCAUCAUCCCUUCUGGAGCCAGGUGUGGUCCUACAACUCACUCACUCAUCCACCUGCCCAGCUCCGGUCUCUUUCCCCUCCACCCUGGAUUGAGUGUCCAUAUUAAAGAGAUCUCCCACAC